CCCUUUCUCCUUUUCCCUCCCUCCUCCCUUCACUUCUCCCUCUCUUAUCCAUAGCCCUCUAGACUGACGGUGGAUCUUGUCAGCUCACUUUUAGGUCAGUAUUUCACAAAUAGUUAAAUAGAUUCUCAGUUGUCAAUUUAAAAAUGGCCCCAAGUCUUAGAAGUCCGAAUAGCCACGGACGGUAGAAUGGACCCUGCCCUGUAACAGAGGCAGGCCCGGUAUCACCACGGAACCCAUUUGCCCUUGUGCUCCCCCGCAGGGGCUCAUGCGGACUUCGUUGCCACUCGGCCCCUGCCUGUGCGACUCGGGCUCCGGCUUGCUGGCACUACUCCUGCUGCAGCAGCCACGGCAGCUUCAAGGGACACAUUUGUUCUAUGAUUACGCAGAUGCUAAAGAAGAAGAAUUUGAAGAUUAUUUGGAGGAAUUGGACAGUACAGGGCCUACCAAGCCACCUAUCAAAACAAGUUUCCAAAGGCUUACCAUCAUUUCUCCUGGAGGACCACUGACUGAUCCAAGCUACUAUGAUGAUGAAAUAAAGAUGAAAAAUGUCCACAACAGGUUCCACUGUGUCAAAGAACAUUUCUUCAUCCUAAUAUCAUAUAAGAAGCUGCAACAGGCCUGUUACAACCUGUUUGUGCAAUGUAAGAAUGGAGUUAAGAAAUGUCACAGGAGCAAGGAAUACAUAGAAGCCUUGUAUUGUAAUUUAACGGAAGGAUACUUGAUGUCAGACUGUGUAUACACAUCUGCUUACAUGCAAGGAUUUGCCCUGAUCACUUGUCGAUGGCAAAAUGAUAUCAAAGAAAUUGUUCCUGUUCAUGUAAAUGGUAUUAUGGUAAUAAAUCACUACCAGAAAAGCCUCAUGGACCAGGAAGGUAUCAGCCUUUAACCAUGCUAGAUAAGCGCUCCCUAAGAGGUUAGAGCAGGAGGAUAUAACCUCCGUACUGAUCCUUACAGGUCACAAUUGAGAAUGGUAAAUUUGAUCAUUUCAUUUUAAUCACCUGCCUCCUUCUCUCCUUCCCCUGACACCACACAGGCAUCAUGGGCUAGGUUCACAGUGCUCUGAGAUGUGAUUUCAAACAGGUCAUGUAAUUCAGCACAUUCUGAAUGUGUCAUGAGGAUAGAUGCCUGUAGGGAAAGAAUACCCAGCACCAAGAGGAAGAGGAAGCAAUUGCCUCGUGUGUGCUCCAAAGCUGUGUUCAUGCAAAUCUCCAGUUCAAUAGAAAUAAAGUGAAUUGAACUUGUCAAGUGUCUCCAGGAUGGUUAUGUGGGGUUUCUGGGUUUGAAGUUAUUUUUCUCUGUGGCACAACUUGAAACAAAUGAAACACAAAGAACUCAAAGCCCCUUGAAUCUAUUUAUCCAGUUUAGGUAAUAAUUAAAAGAAAUCCCUUAAUGUCUUUUUUUAUUAUUCCCUGUAACUGACUGAAAUGGGUUA